AUGGUUGCUCGCCCAAGGCAAGACCUCGGGCACAGCCUCGAUCUUGACUACCUCAAUCGCCGCGUCUGCCAGCUGUCCAACAGUAAAGACGCAAUAUUGCCAACGGUUCUUGAGCAAGUGACGACGGAGCAGAAUGCAGACGCUCUUAGCGAGACGCAAGUUGGCGAGGACACUGCAACAGUUUCCGGGACCCAUGCCUAUCACCGACUUGUCGAUGAUGGAGGCAGACCGCUAUACUCCAUUGAUGACCUACCGCAGGUCCUAGAUAAUCCGAAUGCGUACAAAGAGAGGCUGCGGCCGUAUUGGGGUCAUCCUCGCACUCAGUUUUACGAAUCCGUCAACAACAUCUUUCAAAUACAACUCGCGCGAUGGAGAGAGUUUCGCAACUGGCAGCUGGACAACAGAGGUCUCAAUGACCCCGAAGAUGCUUUCGAGGUUUUUGUACAAGAGCAACGGGAGCUGUUAGAGAAAUGGGGCUAUCUCGAGAAACUGGCAGAGUCGGACUCGGAUCCAUCGUACUUCAAAAAGAGUUGGGCACAGUGCCAAAGAAAACGCCGCUGGCAGCGCCGUCACCAACUCGAGCCCGACUGCGAUGGGUUUGAUGACUACAAGAUGGCUUUCGAGGCUCGGCUAACGCGACACGGACAUCUCCUGCCUAAUCUGCAGCUCAAGGAGAACCCCAGACAACAAGGCACGUUGACAACAUGGGCAGAAUACCUCUGCUUCGAAUAUUGGUGGUAUGAUUACUACCUUGAACGUCUGAAGCGCUUGCAGCCUGAAUACAACAGGGCAUGCGCCAUGUUUCAGGACCAGGGCAUACUAGGUCCCGGCGAAGGCUUCAUCUCAGUUGAUGCAUGCGCCACACACCUGUUUGCUGAGAUUAAUAUGAGCUCGGCAGCCCUCGUCGCGGCCAGAGCCAAAGCUAAAAGCGCUUGCCAGUCGCAUACCACAGCAACGUGCGCAGCAUCCCAUACUUGCUUGGCCGCCAGAAAGCGACUCGACGAUGCAGAAUCAGAUUACCAGCGCAUUUUUGAGCGCCAGGUUCGGUAUGGCAAGUUUCUUGAAGAGACUCGCUCCUAUAGACAAUCGCAGGAGGAUAUCGAAAAGCACCCGUGCCUCAUUGAGUGGGUGGAGCAGCAGCUGCUCCUCAUUCAGACGGAGAUGAUUUCGACAAAUCCGGAACCGCAAGGGGACAGCAAGAGAAAGCGUUGCUUCUCUGACGACCCCGGAAGCCAAAUGGCCGGCAAGUACAUGGCUGUGGAAGCGGCGGCCUCUGGGCCGUCGGAUCUCAGCACCUGUACCAUUCUGGUAGGGACACCGCCACGUCGAAGUCCAAGAUUCCGUGGCCCUAAUACGCCAGAUAAUGCGGUCAAGAUGGCACCUUCUGAGCCAUCGAAUCUCAGCACCUGUACCACGCUGGUAGGGACACCGCCGCGUCGAAUUCUACGGCCCCGCGGCCACAAGAAGCUGGGUCAUGAUGGUUCUGUAGAUACUGUCGAGGCCGCGCCUUCUGAGCGGUCGGAUCUCAGCACCUCUACCAUUCUGGUAGGGUCACCGCCCCGUCAAAACGUACGGCCGUGUGUCCCGGAUAAUGAUGGGUCUGCCGAUGCGGCCGAGGCAGUGCAGCAACCGCGCCGAAAUCUUCGACCCCGUGGCCCCAACAUGCUGGGUAAUGAUGGUCCUGCAGAUACGGUCGAGGCAGUGCAGCGACCGCGCCGAAAUCUUCGACCCCGUGGCCCCAACAUGCUGGGUAAUGAUGGGCCUACAGACACGGCUGAAGUCGUGCAGCCGCAGCGUCAUGUCUUGGCUUAUCCAGUGCUGGGCUUACGUCGCAGCGCGAGAAUUGCGAAAGUCCAAGCACUCAGGAUCUCUGCGAAGGUUCUCGCUGCCAUAACACCAUGCACGAAAAGUCUGCAAGCCGGCCGCAUUCGCAACUGA